CCAACCUUCUUCUAUCCAUCUCAUCUCAUCCCGUCUGGGCAGUUCUUGCCAUACCUAUAAUUUUUUUAUCUUUCUUAUUGUAAAUCAUCCUCCUUCGAGACCUCGCUCCCUUGAAAAUCGCGUUUCCCGUGUGGCUCGCGGCCCGGCGCCGCUCAACGUACAGUCAUGGCUCUCAACGCUUCGGUGAACAUUCCGCACUUGCAGACUGCGGCGUCUGAACUGCUGUCGACUAUGAACGCCGUUGGUUCCCAGUGGCAGCGUGUCAAUAGGAACAACGAAGCACCGCACCAACUUAGAAAGCGGCUAGAAGUGGCACCGGUUUUUAAGGAGCACCCUGCCCUGCCAGAUGCCUUGAAAUCGGCUACUAUUGAUAAUCUAAGGCCGCACAUGAUGUUUGGCCUGCUGACUUCUAGGCCUUUGUUUGGCCAGCCGACACUGCGCUCUGCAAGUAUGCUACUUCGCGCAAGUAAACCACUUCAAUCCUCUCGUCAAUUUUCGUCACUCUCCUCUUUUACUUCCCGGCCAGUGCCGAGACCGUCCGGGACACAUGGGCUUUCGAAGCUAGACCAACACAGAUUUCUAUUUGGAGGAGUCACGCACAAUUUUCUAGCACAGAAAGAGAGGGCAGCCAACAGUAACCCCGGCAGCGCGAACGCUCAGAACAUAUUUUACCAGUCUCUACUUCGUGCAAAUAUGCCUGCCAUCAUCGUGGAACGAUAUCGCACCGGUCAAUAUGCUACCAACCCAACAACCGAGGCCAUCUACCUAAAGGCCUUGCAGCGAAUUGGCGGUGAUGCUGCUGUUCAGGGGAGCAAUCAAGGCCUAGAUGCAGAUCAAUUGCAAUCAGUCGGACAAGCCGUAGCUGCUCACGCUCACGGCAGUCAGGUUGGUGUGUCAACCAAGCAGUCUGGCACUGGGGCGAAAGAGGCCCCUCUGUAUGUGGUGGUCGAAGAAUCUCUUGGUAGCUCAGUCUUCCGCUGGGUUAAGUUUUUCUUAUACUUUGGAUUCUUUGCUUAUCUGUCACUUGUGUUAAUCACUAUUCUUGUCGAAACCACUGGAUUAAUCAAAAAUGUUCGCGGAACUCAGACCAACGAGGCCACACCACAACAACAAAAAGUCCGGUUUAGCGAUGUUCACGGAUGUGACGAAGCCAAGGACGAACUUCAAGAGCUGGUGGAGUUUUUGUUGAACCCUGAGCGAUUCUCUACUCUAGGAGGAAAACUCCCUAAGGGUGUUCUCUUGGUUGGUCCUCCUGGAACUGGAAAGACUUUGCUUGCGCGGGCUGUUGCUGGAGAGGCUGGGGUACCCUUUUUCUACAUGUCUGGAUCGGAGUUUGAUGAGGUAUAUGUUGGUGUUGGUGCCAAACGUGUUCGAGACCUUUUCAACCAAGCUCGUGCCAAAGCGCCCGCCAUCAUUUUCAUCGAUGAAUUGGAUGCUAUAGGUGCGAAGAGGAAUGAACGUGAUGCGGCGUAUGUUAAACAAACUUUGAACCAGCUUCUUACCGAGUUGGAUGGAUUCUCCCAAAGCAGUGGCGUCAUCAUCCUUGCGGCCACCAAUUAUCCUCAACUCCUCGACAAAGCUUUGACUCGCCCUGGUCGAUUCGAUCGCCGGGUCGUAGUUGAUCUCCCUGAUGUUAGAGGGCGCAUGGAAAUCCUCAAGCACCACAUGAAGAAUGUGCAAGUCAGCACUGAUGUGGAUGUUGCAGUUGUUGCACGUGGCACUCCGGGCUUCUCGGGUGCUGAUCUGGAAAACCUGGUCAAUCAAGCUGCGGUUCGUGCAAGCCGCAAUAGACAGGAACGUGUUGGUCCUCGAGACUUUGACUGGGCCAAGGAUAAAAUCAUGAUGGGUGCAGAGGCUCGGAGUCGUAUUAUUCAAGAAAAAGACAAAUUGCUCACUGCAUACCAUGAAGCAGGUCAUGCGCUUGUUGCCUAUUUUUCACCGGCUUCUACGCCUCUUUACAAAAUUACCAUAGUACCUCGCGGCAUGGCGCUUGGUAUUACUCAUUUCCUUCCUGAGAUGGACACGGUUUCGAGGAAUUAUAGCGAGUAUUUGUCGGAUAUUUCUGUCUCGAUGGGUGGCAAGGCUGCAGAGGAGCUGGUCUUCGGUCCCGAAAACGUCACCAGUGGUAUCUCAUCGGAUAUCCAGCAAGCCACAAACACAGCAUUUACGCUAAUCACGAGAUUCGGCUACUCGAAGAAGCUCGGAAACGUGGAUUUGUCAACCAAUUACGAAACUCUAUCGUCGGAAACCAAGCAGGAAAUUGAAUCAGAAGUUCGACGGCUUGUUGACGAGGCGAGUCUUCGUGCUACCAACAUUCUGACGGAGAAGAGAAAUGAGUUGGAGAUCCUCACGAAGGCGCUGAUGGAAUACGAGACACUGAGUAAGGAAGAAAUGGAGAAGGUGCUUCGAGGCGAGAAGCUAGACAAAAUGCAGUCGCUUCCAGCGGCACCACUGAAGCUACCAGACGCACUUACCACGGCAGCUUUGAAGCCGACACAGGCACAGACACCAGAAACGGGGGUUACGGCGGCGAAGUGAAAAUUGCAUUGGGUUAUUAACUAAUAUCCAUCUUGUUCUAUAAUCAUCGUGCUUCUAUGAAUGCAAUGGGACAAGCUCCUGUAUUUUUUCUUGUGUUAUUUACCAUAUUAGCAACUCCACCAUGAUAUAAAAUCCACAUCAUUGAUCA